CACUAACAAUUCCAACAUGGCUGCGAUCAGGAGUGGGGUGACCCCGGUUUCUCAAACGAUAUGUUUUUUAAGACAAGCUGGAAGACAAAGUCUGGGCAACCAUUCACUUACAGAGAGAUGGAACCAGGUUUGAGUUGUUCAUGUCUUUGUGCUGUUGAAUUCAUGUGUUAGUCUGACAGCAAGCGUUAACAGUGAUUCUAAACAGCACGCCCAACUUCGUGCAUGGCUCUGUGACUUUGAGUCAAUGUUGAGCUAACGUUAGCAGGUAAGUGAAUUAGCCUAAACUUUUCUAUCAAAUAUCUACAUGCCACACAAAGGAUAUAAGAUUGUAGCUACGUAUGUAUGGCUAUAACAUUGUUGGUAACUGUCCGGUCCAACUGUCUGCAUACACAAGUUGUCAUGUUCAGACAGUUAUGUAUGACAUGUUAGUUACACAUCCAUCCCCUGAAAUAAAAGAACCCAUACAUUUUCCAUAGGCAUAAAAUGUUUAUUUAGCUCAAAUUUUGUGAAGAAAAUGUUUUUACAUCCCUGUUAGUGAGCAUUUCUCAUUUGCCAAGAUAAUGGAUGGUGGCAUAUCAAGAAGCUGAUUAAAGAGCAUGGUCAUUACACAGGUGUACCUUGUGCUGGGGACAAUAAAAGGCCACUCUAAAAUAUGCAGUUUUGUCACCCAACACAAUGCCACAAUUUUCUCAAGUUUUGAGGGAGCGUGCAAUUGGCAUGCUGACUGCAGGGAUGUCUACCAGAGCUGUUGCCAGAUAAUUGAAUGUUAAUUUCUCUACUAUAAGCUGCCUCCGACGUCAUUUUAGAUAAUUUGGCAGUACGUCCAACCGGCCUCACAACUGCAGACCACGUGUACGCCGUUGUGUGGGUGAGCACGUGUACGCCGUUGUGAACAGAGUGCUCCAUGAUGGCGGUGGGGUUAUGGCAUGGGCAGGCAUAAGCUACGGACAAUGAGCACCAUUGCAUUUUAUCGAUGGCAAUUUGAAUGCACAGAUACCGUGACGAGGUCCUUAGGCCUGUUGUCCUGCCACUCAUCUGCUGCCAUCACUUCAUGUUUCAGCAUGAUAAUGCAGAGCCCCAUGUUGCAAGGAUCUGUACACAAUUCCUGGAAGCUGUAAAUGUCCCAGUUCUUCCAUGGCCUGCAUACUCACCAGACAUGUCACCCAUUGAGCAUGUUUGGGAUGCUCUGGAUCGAUGUGUACAACCGCGUGUUCCAGUUCCCGACAAUAUCCAGCAUCUUAGCACAGCCAUUGAAGAGGAGUGGGACAACAUUCCACAGGCCACAAUCAACAGCCUGAUCAACUCUGUGAAGGAGCUGUCGCGCUGCAUGAGGCAUUUGUACACUGCUCAAAAAAAUAAAGGGAACACUUAAACAACACAUCCUAGAUCUGAAUGAAUGAAAUAAUCUUAUUAAAUACUUUCUUUACAUAGUUGAAUGUGCUGACAACAAACUCACACAACUUAUCAAUGGAAAUCAAAUGUAUCAACCCAUAGAGGUCUGGAUUUGGAGUCACCCUCAAAAUUAAAGUGGAAAACCCCACUACAGGCUGAUCCAACUUUGAUAUAAUGUCCUUAAAACAAGUCAAAAUGAGGCUCAGUAGUGUGUGUGGCCUCCACGUGCCUGUAUGACCUCCCUACAACGCCUGGGCAUGCUCCUGAUGAGGUGGCUGAGGGAUCUCCUCCCAGACCUGGACUAAAGCAUCCGCCAACUCCUGGACAGUCUGUGGUGCAACGUGGCGUUGGUGGAUGGAGCGAGACAUGAUGUCCCAGAUGUGCUCAAUUGGAUUCAGGUCUGGGGAACGGGCGGGCCAGUCCAUAGCAUCAACGCCUUCCUCUUGCAGGAACUGCUGACACACUCCAGCCACAUGAGGUCUAGCAUUGUCUUGCAUUAGGAGGAACCCAGGGCCAACCGCACCAGCAUAUGGUCUCACAAGGGGUCUGAGGAUCUCAUCUCGGUACCUAAUGGCAGUCAGGCUACCUCUGGCGAGCACAUGGAAGGCUGUGCGGCCCCCCAAAGAAAUGCCACCCCACACCAUGACUGACCCACCGCCAAACCGGUCAUGCUGGGGGAUGUUGCAGGCAGCAGAACGUUCUCCACGGCGUCUCCAGACUCUGUCACGUCUGUCACAUGUGCUCAGUGUGAACCUGCUUUCAUCUGUGAAGAGCACAGGGCGCCAGUGGCGAAUUUGCCAAUCUUGGUGUUCUCUGGCAAAUGCCAAACGUCCUGCACAGUGUUGGGCUGUAAGCACAACCCUCACCUGUGGACGUCGGGCCCUCAUACCACCCUCAUGGAGUCUGUUUCUGACCGUUUGAGCAGACCCAUGCACAUUUGUGGCCUGCUGGAGGUCAUUUUGCAGGGCUCUGGCAGUGCUCCUCCUGCUCCUCCUUGCACAAAGGCGGAGGUAGCGGUACUGCGGCUGGGUUGUUGCCCUCCUACGGCCUCCUCCACGUCUCCUGAUGUACUGGCCUGUCUCCUGGUAGCGCCUCCAUGCUCUGGACACUACGCUGACAGACACAGCAAACCUUCUUGCCACAGCUCGCAUUGUUGUGCCAUUCUGGAUGAGCUGCACUACCUGAGCCACUUGUGUGGGUUGUAGACUCCGUCUCAUGCUACCACUAGAGUGAAAGCACCGCCAGCAUUCAAAAGUGACCAAAACAUCAGCCAGGAAGCAUAGGAACUGAGAAGUGGUCUGUGGUCACCACCUGCAGAACCACUUCUUUAUUGGGGGUGUCUUGCUAAUUGCCUAUAAUUUCCACCUGUUGUCUAUUCCAUUUGCACAACAGCAUGUGAAAUUUUUUGGCAAUCAGUGUUGCUUCCUAAGUGGACAGUUUGAUUUCACAGAAGUGUGAUUGACUUGGAGUUACAUUGUGUUGUUUUAAGUGUUCCCUUUAUUUUUUUGAGCAGUGUAUUUAUUAUGGAUCCCCAUUAGCUGCUGCCAAGGCAGCAGCUACUCUUCCAGGGGUUCAGCAAAAUUAAGGCAGUUGUAUACAAUUUUAAAAACAUUACAAUAUAUUCACAACACAUUAAGUGUGUGCCCACAAAAUCUGUGUGUAUAGUGUGUUUGUAUGCAUGUCUGUGCCUGUUUGUAUCUCUUCAAAUGGUGGUCACACCAGAUACUGACUGGUGUUCUGAUCCACGCCCCAAUCUUUUUUUUCUGUAUUCCCAGUCAUGCUGCCCUCCCGUGUAGCCCAGUUGGUAGAGCAUGGCGCUUGCAACGCCAGGGUUGUGGGUUUGUUUCCCCCGGGGGGCCAGUAUGAAAAAUGUAUGCACUCGCUAACUGUAAGUCGCUCUGGAAAAGAGCGUCUGCUAAAUGACUAAAAUGUAAAAAAUGUGAAAUCCAUAGAUUAGGGCCUAAAAUAAUUCAUUUCAAUUGACCGAUUUCCUUAUGAACUUUAACUCAGUAAAAUCUUUUAAAUUGUUGCAUUUUAUAUUUUUAUUCAGUAUAGUUAGUUAGCAUUCCCAUAUCAGCCAGUAACUAGCUAGCUAAUGUUAACUAGAUACAGCCUUGAUAACACAAUGUAUGCAUACAGUGGGGGAAAAAAGCAUUUAGUCAGCCACCAAUUGUGCAAGUUCUCCCACUUAAAAAGAUGAGAGGCCUGUAAUUUUCAUCAUAGGUAAACGUCAACUAUGACAGACAAAAUGAGAAAAGAAAUUCCAGAAAAUCACAUUGUAGGAUUUUUUAUGAAUUUAUUUGCAAAUUAUGGUGGAAAAAAAGUAUUUGGUCAAUAACAAAAGUUUCUCAAUACUUUUGUUAUAUACCCUUUGUUGACAAUUACACAGGUCAAACGUUUUCUGUAAGUCUUCACAAGGUUUUCACACACUGUUGCUGGUAUUUUGGCCCAUUCCUCCAUGCAGAUCUCCUCUAGAGCAGUGAUGUUUUGGGGCUGUCGCUGGGCAACACGGACUUUCAACUCCCUCCAAAGAUUUUCUAUGGGGUUGAGAUCUGGAGACUGGCUAGGCCACUCCAGGACCUUGAAAUGCUUCUUACGAAGCCACUCCUUCGUUGCCCGGGCGGUGUGUUUGGGACAUUGUCAUGCUGAAAGACCCAGCCACAUUUCAUCUUCAAUGCCCUUGCUGAUGGAAGGAAGUUUUCACUCAAAAUCUCACGAUACAUGGCCCCAUUCAUUCUUUCCUUUACACGGAUCAGUCGUCCUGAUCCCUUUGCAGAAAAACAGCCCCAAAGCAUGAUGUUUCCACCCCCAUGCUGCACAGUAGUAUGGUGUUCUUUGGAUGCAACUCAGCAUUCUUUGUCCUCCAAACACGACGAGUUGAGUUUUUACCAAAAAGUUCUAUUUUGGUUUCAUCUGACCAUAUUACAUUCUCCCAAUCCUCUUCUGGAUCAUCCAAAUGCACUCUAGCAAACUUCAGACGGGCCUGGACAUGUACUGGCUUAAGCAGGGGGACACGUUUGGCACUGCAGGAUUUGAGUCCCUGGCGGCAUAGUGUGUUACUGAUGGUAGGCUUUGUUACUUUGGUCCCAGCUCUCUGCAGGUUAUUCACUAGGUCCCCCCGUGUGGUUCUGGGAUUUUUGCUCACCGUUCUUGUGAUCAUUUUGACCCCACGGGAUGAGAUCUUGCGUGGAGCUCCAGAUCGAGGGAGUUUCAGUGGUCUUGUAUGUCUUCCAUUUCCUAAUAAUUGCUCCCACAGUUGAUUUCUUCAAACCAAGCUGCUUACCUAUUGCAGAUUCAGUCUUCCCAGCCUGGUGCAGGUCUACAAUUUUGUUUCUGUUGUCCUUUGACAGCUCUUUGGUCUUGGCCAUAGUGGAGUUUGGAGUGUGACUGUUUGAGGUUGUAGACAGGUGUCUUUUAUACUGAUAACAAGUUCAAACAGGUGCCAUUAAUACAGGUAAUGAGUGGAGGACAGAGGGGUCUCUUAAAGAAGUUGUUACAGGUCUGUGAGAGCCAGAAAUCUUGCUUGUUUGUAGGUGACCAAAUACUUAUUUUCCACCAUAAUUUGCAAAUAAAUUCAUUAAAAAUCCUACAAUGUGAUCUUCUGGAGGGAAAAAAAAUCUCAAUUUGUCUGUCAUAGUUGACGUGUACCUAUGAUGAAAAUUACAGGCCUCUCAUCUUUUUAAGUGGGAGAACUUGCACAAUUGGUGGCUGACUAAAUACUUUUUUUCCCCACUGUACAUACGUAGCUACAAUAUUAUAUCCUAUGUGUGGCAUGUAGUUAGAUCUUUGAUAGAAAACCUUGGCCUAAACAUGAUCAUGACAAGGAAGCAAUAACUUGGUGUGCGCCUCCAUCUGCCCCAAAGUCAAUAUAUUUCUUGAUUUGUGAUACAAAUAUGGUGGUCAUUCGCUCUGACCAUUCAAACCAAACCACAAUACAGCUAACUUGGCUAGAAAUAGACUUUUGCAUGUGCAUAAUCAUAUGCUGCAAUUACUGCUGCAUUGUCUAAGUCAUCCUAUCCUACAAUAAGCCACAAAGUAAAGUGGACCAGAAAGUAGUAGUGCUUCUUCAUCUGAUUUUAGCUUGUUAUUGUGUCCCUCUUCUAAACAGAGGUUUCUACAGACGUCCCAUCUUCACACAGUAGUAGAAUAUAGGAGUCCAUCGACUAGAGCUGGUCUCAGUCGACGUCACAAUGGGAGGUUCUUAUUGGUCAGUUCCGUGGCUGUCAGGCACAACAGCUCACAGGUGAGUCGGUGUCAAUGCGAAAUACAGUAACUAGUCUGAUCCUCUCACAAUUGUUUUAAAACAUUACACCAUGCUCUGGUUCUUACACCUUGACACGUGGUCAAAAUCCAAGACACUUCCUGUUGUAUAAUAGUUUGUCCUGUUCCUUUAGAAAUCCAAACACCUGGUUUGUAAAAGAGGUAUUUUGAUUGGCACAAUAUAAAAUAAAAGCUGGCAUUCUAUGUUAUAUUUUCAGAGAUCAAGUGAAACCCUUCCCAUGGCAUCUCCAGUGCUGGAAGCAUCCAUCCCCAGCACCAUAGUCAUGGAUCCCGCCUCUGUAAACACACAGCCAAUCACUGAGCAGGUAUUUGAGGCUGCACCAACUGUAAUGGAUGUUCUGCAGGGGGUGGGAGUAGAGCUGAGCCUAUCAGAGCUGGGCCUGGGGAGCGCCACCCCCGUGGGCCUGGUCCAGAACCUACUCGAGUUCAUGCAUGUGGACAUGGGGAUGCCGUGGUGGGGAGCUAUUGUUGUAGGUGAGACAUUUACAUGACAUUUACAUUUUAGUAAUCUAGCAGAUGCUCUUAUCCAGAGCUACUUACAAUCAGUGCAUUCAUGUUAAGAUAGCUAUGUGAGACAACAACACAUCACAAUCGUAUCAACAAAGUAUUUAUCAGCAAAGUCAGUGCUAGUAUGAAAAGACAAGUGUCUUUUUUGGGGGGGUUGCCGGGGGCGCCGUGAGUUAUUAAAUGUACUCUUCAAAGAGGUAGGGUUUCAGACGUUUUCGGAAGAUGUGCAGGGACUCCGCUGUGCUGACUUUAGGGAUAAGCUUUUUCCACCAUUGGGGUGCCAGGACAGAGAAGAACUUUGACUGGGCUGAGCGGGAGCUGCCCUCCCAUAGGGGUGGAAGGGCCAAGAGACCAGAGGUGGAAGAACGGAGUGCUCGGGUUGGGAUGUAGGGUUUGAGCAUAGCCUGAAGGUAGGGAAGGACAGUUCCCCUUGCUGCUCUGUAGACAAGCACCAGGGUCUUGAAGAUGAUGCGAGCUUUGACUGGAAGCUAGUGGAGCGGGAUGACAUGCGAGAACUUCGGAAGGUUGAACACCAGUCAGGCUGCAGUAUUCUGGAUAGGUUGCUGGGGUUUGAUGGCACAAGCGGGGAGCCCAGCCAACCGAGUUGCAGUAGUCUAGAUGGGAGAUGACAAGUGCCUGGAUUAGAACCUGUGCUGCUUCCUGUGUGUGGAAAGGUUGUACUCUACCGAUGUUGUAGAGCAUGAACCUGCAGGAGCGAGUCACUGCUUUGAUGUUUACAGAGAACGACAGGGUGUUGUCCAGGACCGACGUCCAAGCUGAGAUAUUUGCAAGGCACGCAAAGAUGUCGCCACCUGGGUGUCAGAAGAGGGGAAGGAGAAAAGUAGUUGAGUGUCAUCCACAUAGCAAUGAUAGAAGAGCCCAUGUGAGGAUAUGCAAGAGCCGAUUGACUUGGUGUAAAGAGAAAAUAUUUUUCCACUUUGCCAGCUCGGGAUUUGAACCAGCAACCUUUUGGUUACUGGCCCAACGCUCUUAACCACUAGGCUACCAGUCUCCGUUGAGUGAGCCGUCUUGAAGCCUGACUGGUUAGGGUCAAGAAGAAUUGUUCUGAGAGAUAACCAGAGAGUUGGUCAGGGACAGCACGCUCAAGUGUGUUGGAAAGAAAAGAAAGAAAGGAUACCGGUCUUUAGUUUUUGAUGUCAGAGGGGUCGAGUGUUGGUUUCUUGAGGAGGGGGGCAACUCUGGCCAUCUUGAAGUCAGAGGGGAUGCAGCCAGUGGUCAGGGAUGAGGGAAGUGAGGAAUGGGAAAACAUCUCCAGAAAUGGUCUGGAGGAGGGGAUGGGGUCAAGUGGGCAGGUUGUUGGGCGGCCAGACAUCACUAGUCUCAGAAUUUCAUCUGGAGAAAGAGGUCAAGGCAUAAGGUAGUUCUGUGUGAGUGGGACCGGUGGGCUCAGUAGGCUGAGUGAAUGAGUAACUGAUGUCUUUGUCCUUUUUUUCAAGGUGGUUGACAGUCAUUCGCAGGGAAGGGGAGGAGGUGGAGGAUUAAGGAGGGAGGAGAAAGUGGAGAAGAGUUUCCCAGGGUUAGAGGCAGAAGCUUGAAAUUUAGAGUGAUAGAAAGCAUCUUUAGCAGCCGAUACAGAGGAAAAUAAGGUAGAGCGAGAGGAGGGAGUGGAAGGAUGAUAGGUCCUCCGGAAGUUUGGUUUUCCUCCAUUUCCGCUCAGCUGCCCGCAGCCCUGUUCUGUUAGCGCGUAGUGAGUCACAGACCAUAGAAUUAGGAAUGAAUGUAAUUGAAUAGGAUCUCUAUGGGUGAGACCCUCCUCAUCAGAACUCUGUGUGGGUUGCCUCAGCCUGUCUAGCUUCAAAUCAUCAGACUUGAGUCCAAUAUUCACAAGGAGAUACUUGGUUGUAAGAGGCUUUUGGUAUUUAUCUUGAUGUAUUGCUGACUUUCCUUAUUUUUUUAUUUUGUCCUUUUCUGUUUUUCUCUUACACACCCACACCCACAGGCACGGUGCUGGCCCGCAUCAUGGUGUUCCCGGUCAUCGUGAAGGGUCAGAGGGAGGCAGCCAAGCUGAACAACGUUAUACCAGAGAUUACCAAACUCACCAACAAGAUGAACGAGGCCAAACAGAGCGGAAACAAGUUUGACUGUUAGUCUUCUCUCUCUCUCCUCCUCAACUCAUUUCUGUUUAAUGACAUCUGUAUCCUCCCUCUGUAUUUAUCCCUCUUUCAUCUCUCAUUGGAACUGCUCCCUUCUUUUGCUGCUCUACUCUUCUCAUUUCGCUAUUUCCCAGAUAGAGAUGAAGCCUUAUACUAAAAACCAUUUUCAAUGGAGAAUCUCCAUUGCUUUUAACUCAAUGACUAGGCUUGAUCUCUGUCCAGGAAAGCGGCCCUUACAAAAAUUAUAUAUAUAUAUUUUUUACAUAAAAUAACAAAAAUCCCAACAAAUCAGCUCCAAGUGAUUUUUAUUUUGGACAUCUGUUCCAAAGUAUUCUCAUGCAUAAUAUAGAGAUAUAUAUAUAUAUAUAUAUAUAUGAUCGUAUUCAAAUGUAAGCAAGGUUUGAAAUUAUGUUUUUAGUUUUGAUCCCUGCUGUAGUGUGUGAUGUCUCCCUCAGUUUCUCAUGUGAGGUAAUAUUUCUGUGUUUCUCCUAGUUGCUAAGGCGUACUCUGACCUGACCAUGUUCCAGAAGAAGCAUGACGUCAACCCUCUUCGUGGCUUCCUGGUCCCUCUGGUGCAGGUCAGUUACAGCUACGUCUCUCUCCCUUUCUCCCCCCCCCCCCCUCUCUCUUCACUGAUUUUAAAGAAAAUAACUGAUAUAUAAGUAAUGAUGGAAACUCCCACUAUAGCCCAUGCCUCCACAAAAUCCAAUGCUUUACGAUUUAUGGGAAGUAUUGAACAAGGAGAAAGAAGAUAUUAAUGGGACCUAGUAUUUAGGACCCAAGACUAAUCCCACCUCUCUCCCUCUCUCUUUUUCCAGACUCCAGUCUUCAUCUCGUUCUUCAUUGCUCUCAGAAAGAUGUCCUACCUCCCUGUCCCCAGUAUGCAGACAGGAGGGUGCUUGUGGUUCUUCGACCUCACAGCAGCAGACCCCUUCUACAUCCUCCCCAUCGCUGUGACCGGAACCAUGUUCGCCAUCCUGGAGGUAAGUUUAGUCAAGUCAUAACCCUGUCCCCAGGCUAUUGCGCAUUGGGCGGACAUGUCUGGGGAAAUAUUAUUCAGCUGUGCUGACCUUGAUUAGCUUUUUUUUAUAUAUAUAUAUAUAUAUUGAAUUUUUUAUCAAACAGGAUAUUAUAACUUUUCUUUUAUAAAUGUUUUAUUGAAAUAUUUGAAUGCAAGAUGAUGAAUAAUAUUUGCAUAGUAUUAACAGUAUUGAGCCUGAAUAUCAACCACCUGUCUGUCUCCCUGUCUUCUCAGUUGGGGGCAGAGUCUGGUGUGGAUAACCCUAACCUGAAAGCCAUGAAGACUGUGUUCAGAAUCAUGCCCUUCGUCAUCCUCCCCCUCACCAUCAACUUCCCCACGGUCAGUCGCUCUCUUUGUUUCUCUGUUUAUCUCUUGCGCCCCCCUGUGGCAGUAUCAUAAUAUGACAUGCGUCCUCCGUAAACAAUAACAAGUAUGCAGUAGCCCUGGGAUACUUCUGUUCAUUUCGUUGUGAUUCAAUCUUUAAUAUUUUUCCAGGUUAGUCGUGUUGAGAUAAAAAGCUUCAGUGUCACAAGUGUAUCUCUGUCUGGCUUGGCAUUAUGGAGCCAGUCUGCUAACCUGUUUCUCUCAAAGAAUAACAACCGGUAGUGUGGUUGACAAUGCUUUCAGUAGUAUUGGGCUACUUUGACAAGCCCAAAUAAGUUCAGGAGGAAAAAUGUGCUUAAGUCAGAUAAUAAGUUGCAUGGACUCACUGUGUGAAAUUAUAGUGUUUAACAUGAUUUUUUAAAUGACUACCUAAUCUCUGUACCCCACACAUACAAUUACCUGUAAGGUCCCUUAGUCCAGCAGUGAAUUUCAAACACAGAUUCAACCACAAAGACCAGGGAGGUUUUCCAAUGCUUCUUAAAGAAGGGCACAUAUUGGUAAAUGGCACACAAAAAAAAAGCAGACAUUGAAUAUCCCUUUGAGCAUGGCAAAGUUAUUAAUUACACUUUGGAUGGUGUAUCAAUACACUCAGUCACUACAAAGAUAAAGGUGUACUUCCUAACUCAGUUGCCGGAGAGGAAGGAAACCGCUCAGGGAUUUCACCAUGAGGCCAAUUGUGACUUUAAAACAGUGAGAGUUUAGUAGCUGUGAUGGGCGAAAACUGAGGAUGGAUCAACAACAUUGUAGUUGCUCUACAAUACUAACCUAAUUGACAGAGUAAAAAGAAGGACGCCUAUACAGAAUAAAAAUAUUCCAAAACCUGCCUCCUGUUUGCAACAAGGCACUAUAGUAAUACUGCAAAAAAAUGUGGCAAAGCAAUUAACUUUUUGUGCUGAAUACAAAGUGUUAUAUGUGGGGCAAAUCCAAUACAACACAUUACUGAGUACCACUCUCCAUAUUUUCAAGCAUAGUGUUGGCUACACCAUGUUAUAGGUAUGCUUGUAAUCGUUAAGGACUGGGGAGUUUUUCACAAAAAAAAAAAAAAAAUGAAAGAAAGAAACGGAAUGGAGCUAAGCACUGGCAAGGCUAAGCUAAGCUUAGACGGAAAACCUGGGUGUCUGCUUUCCACCAAACACAGGGAGAUGAAUUCACCUUUCAGCAGGACAAUAACCUAAAACACAAGGCCAAAUCUACUCUGUGGAGUUGCUUACCAAGAAGACAGGGAAUUGAAUUCUAAAUAAAUCACAGACAGUGUCACCAGCAAAGCACCACCACACCAUUACACCACCUCCUCCAUGCUUUACGGUGGCAAAUACACAUGCAGAGAUAAUCCGUUCACCCACACCGCGUCUCACAAAGACAGAGUGGUUGGAACCAAAAAUUGCACAUUUGGACUCCAGACCAAAGGACAAAUUUCCACCGGUCUAAUGUCCAUUGCUCGUGUUUCUUGGCCCAAGCAAGUCUCUUCUUCUUAUUGGUGUCCUUUUAGUAGUGGUUUCUUUGCAGCAAUUCAACCAUGAAGGCCUGACUCACACAGUCCCCUCUGAACAGUUGAUGUUGAGAUGUCUGUUACUUGAACUCUGUGAAGCAUUUAUUUGGGCUGCAAUUUCUGAGGCUGGUAACUCUAAUGAACUUAUCCUCUGCAGCAGAGGUAACUCUGGGCCUUCCAUUCCUGUGGUGGUCCUCAUGAAAGCCAGAUUCAUCAUAGCGCUUGAUGGUUUUUGCGACUGCACUUGCAGAAACUUUUCAAAGUUCUUGAAAUGUUCCGUAUUGACUGACCUUCAUGUCUUAAAUUAAUGAUGGACUGUCGUUUCUCUUUUCUUAUUUGAGCUGUUCUUGCCAUAAUAUGGACUUGGUCUUUUACCAAAUAGGGAUAUCUUCUGUAUACCCCCCCCCCUACCUUGUCGCAACGCAACUGAUUGCCUCAAAUGCAUUAAGAAGGAAAGAAAUUCCACAAAUUAACUUUUAAGAAGGCACACCUGUUAAUUGAAAUGCAUUCCAGGUGACUACCUCGUGAAGCUGGUUGAGAGAAUGCCAAGAGUGCGCAAAGCUGUCAAGGCAAAGGGUGGCUAUUUGAAGAACCUCAAUAUAAAAUGUUUUUGAUUUGUUUAACACUUUUUUGGUUACUACAUGAUUCCAUAUGUGUUAUUUCAAAGUUUUGAUGUCUUCACUAUUAUUCUACAAUGUAGAAAAUAGUAAAAAAUAAAGAAAAACCCUUGAAUGAGUAGGUGUUCUAAAACUUUUGACCGGUAGUGUAUAUUUUUAAACAACAACAAAAACAGCAGGGUCAUACUGCUAAAAGAGUGUCUUUGUUUGAGCAUCAAGGAGCUAGUCUGGAAAUCUCACAUUUCUCUCUCUCCCAGGCGGUGUUUACGUACUGGAUGACAUCCAACUGCUUCUCCUUGGCCCAGGUGGCCCUGCUCAAACACCCACUGGUCAGACAGAAGCUGAGGAUCCCAGAGAGGAUUGAACACCCGGUCUCCGGCCAGCCCCAGAACGAAGGCUUCAUCGAUACCAUCAAGAAGGGUGGGUGUAGUGGAACUGAUGUAAAGGGGUGGGGAUGUGUCAUGGAGUCACCUGUGAAAAUAGUCUCCUCUCUUUCUGGGUUGGAUUUGCUCUGUGUAUUUGUCUUUCUCUCUUUCUUUCCUUUUCACUCACUCUCGGACAUACAUUCUCCUCUUGCUCCCAAUUAAAACAUGGUUGUCUGUCUCUCCUAUAGGCUGGAAGAACGCUCAACUGGCCCAGCAGUUGGAGGAGAGGGAGAGGAGGAUGAAGAACCACCUGGACAUCGCUCCUAAAGGUGCCUUUUUACCACCACCCCUUCUUCAGAUCAGUGCCAUUUUCUACAUUUACUCUAUUUUAUUUUGCUCCUAAAUGGAAUGUUUUCACAGCAGGUUGACGUUUAUUGUCAUGAGUCUUGUCCUGGAGGCAGAACUGAGCGAUUUCCCCAUAGGCCAGCAGCAAAGUCAACAUGGACUAUAUUGUAAACAUUUAUGAAAACAAAAAUGAGCUUUUUGGUCUUAAUUUAAGGUUAUGGUUAGGGUUAGCAGUGUGGUUAUGGUUAGGUUUAAAAUCAGAUUUUCUGACUUUGUGGCUGUGCCAGCUAGUGACCACUCUGCAAAGCUGCCUCCAGAACAAGAUUCAUGACGUUAAAACGCUAACCUGCAUUUUAACAGGUACCUCAGUGAUAAAUUUUAUCUGUGAAUAUUGUAGUGGGUUUAUGGUUUUCCUUUCUUUCACCUCAUGCCUUUCUCUCUCUUUGUACUGUCCUCUCCAACCAGGUCCACUGAGGCAGACCUUCACCCACAUCCCUCUACAACAGUCAACACCAUCCAUUCCAGCAACAACAUCAGCAACCAAGUCAGCCAAAGCAAAACAAGCGGCCCCGGCAACCGGUGGGAAGGAGAGGCCAUGGGAGCAGACUAUUGGUUGAAGAAGAGUGACAGACAGUUUGAAGGCCCAAUGAAUCAUGUGUACAUAUUUGAGGGGGAGGGGGAUUGGUAGAGAACGUGGGC